AUGCGGCUACGCGAAAAUGCAUCGCGUGCAGCAACCUCGCCGUUGGAAAAAUCCUCGACCACAGCCGUGCGUUUAACGUUUAAAGGAUACGAGUGCAACGAGUUCAAUAGCGGUCAGUCUUGCUCCGUACUUUCAACCGUGGUCAAUUUCGAGGAGAAAUUGGAACGGUACACACGAAGGUAUAAAAUUAUUGGUCGAUUGCAGGUGGUGAUGUGCGGGGCGGUGCCGGCAAUGGUGCGCUCCGUGAGUCUCUACUCGACUUGCAGCAGCGGCAAUGUUACCGUAAUGGGCCGUUUGAUCAAGGCCGUGGAACGCACCGAUCACAAUGCCCCUUACCAAAAACUUACGACCCAGUCCGAGGACUUCAGUAAAAUGUUGUACAUCUUCGCGGAGAAGAGCCAGCGAUACAUCUGCUUCAACAAGAAAUGGAAACUCGUCGGCCUGCUUAAGAAGCAAAAGGGUUAUUGUCAGUUCUACGAGGAGUACAACGGCUCGUAUCUGACGUACAGGAACGUGAAUAAUUCGCGGUAUCUCGGGUUCAACAAGUCCGGGUACCCGAUCAAGAAUCGCGGUCGGCAGGAGUGCUUCAAUUUCAUCAAGUACAAUCCCCACGCCGACAUAAAUCACCACAACAGCCUGGUGAACGCGGACAUGGGUGGUAUGGGGCCGAGGGAUCCGUACGUGGUGUCGAGGAAACCGUCGCCCGCGAGGGACACGAAGAACUCCCUGUUGCAGGCGGACAGUACGAGGGAGACGAUCCACACGACGCAUCAUUAUCGGCACUCGAAUCGUUGGAAGAUGCGCCAAGGCGAGAAGAUGUCCGCGCCGCGAAGAUGGCACGAGAGCCGUCUCUUCGUCGAGGCCAACAAGUAUUGAGCCGCGCGCCGGCUCGCCGAUCAAGACUGCCUCAUCUACAUCCGUGAGAACCUGAGAUCAGACUGCCAAAUACGCUGGUGGAACGUACGGUCGAGAUGUCAGGAACCCACUAACGCGGCACCACGCGGCUCGAAGCACGCGCCUCGAUUGAUCGCAACGAACAAAAGCUGGCUGGCUCGCCUCGUGUCUCCUGCUCGCUUGGGUACACACGCACACACACAUAUACACACACGUACACGCAUCAUACACGAUACACACACACGAGACCAACCGCAUCUCGCUAUACGGACGACAAGCAACAACGAAAAUUCACUUCGUUCGCUCGAGAACGUAGGUAGAAACGGAGGGUACCGAGUUGCAGGAAGACAGUCUUGUUGGCUAGAGCUUUCGUUACGCGUCGUUAAAUUCCAUUUCACACUUGCCCCCGACUGAAUCCUUUCAGGCAAGUAUGCACGAUAUACCCAUAAUUUCCCUUUCGUUCCAUCGCUAAAUUUUUGAUACUAUUAGUUGGAGGGUGGUCGAUUAACGAACUUACCCGUACCUACUCGUUUCUUAUUUCAUUUUCACCGAUUAUCUCUCUCGAUCGUUCUCGUUGUCUCGUUUCCAAACAAACAAACAAACAAAAAAAAAAA